UAUGAGUAAAAUCUAAAACCGUUACUGACAUGGCAGAUGCGUUACCCUUCUCCAAAUUUAAUACUAUAAAUCAGAGACUCUCAGUGACUCACUUUCACCUUCGAGUUUUGACGGAGAGGUUCACCCGCCAAACUUGCUCAAUUUCGAAGACUCCAUUGAUUUACUGAUCAAGAAUUCGAAGUCGGAGACAGUUCGUGGAGAUUUCUAGGGUUCCAACUAUACUUACGGGACGACUCCUGUUGUUAAUCGAAAGCCCUAGCGGUAGAAGCUCAAUUUCGAACAUCGAUGGGGCGUUCUCGUGGAGGUCACAAUUCUGCAGACGACGAUCCUACCCAAAGAUCAAAGAGAAAGAGGGCUCCUUCAAGUGGUGAAAAUUUAGAAUCUGCAGCUUCAGCUCAGGGAUCAAAUGAAGGGAAAAGGGCUUUAUACCACUGCAAUAAUUGCAAUAAAGAUAUUUCUGGGAAGAUUCGCAUCAAGUGUGUCAAAUGUCCUGAUUUUGACUUAUGUGUGGAGUGCUUUUCCGUUGGAUCUGAGGUUACACCUCACAGGAGCAAUCAUCCUUACAGGGUUAUGGUUAGUCAAACCACUCAUAGAAUACUCUGCUAAGGCCUUGCUUUCUUGGAAAUUUCCAUAUUCUUCUUGCAUGGUUCAUUGAGCAGUUAUUUACCAUUUCUAUUAUUGCAUGAGCUUGGAUCAAAA